AUGGGUCGGAAGAAGCUUACAAUGGAAGAAAAGGCCCGGGCCCUUGCCCUAAUAGAGCAGGGAAUGCCGGUGAAGCACGUUGCUGCCGAAUUAAAUGUCAGCAGAGUGUCCCUCUUCAAGCUUAAAAAGUCCGCUGCGUCCCUGCCUACCGGCACGUUACCACCUCGCAAACUGGGAUGUGGGCGCAAGAGAAAAACUUCAGAGAGGACUGACAAGAUGUUGGUGAGAGAGCUGAAGCAAAAUCCAUCCAUUACAGCAGCAGAAUUGAAGAAAAAACACCCAGACCUGCUCCAAGAUGUCGCUGUCCGUACGUUGCAACACCGCUUGCAAAAAGACCUCGGCCUGCCCUGCCGCCGUGCUGCCAAGAAGCCGCUUCUCACAGACACCAUGAGGAAGAAGAGACUGCAGUUUGCCAAGCAAUACCGUGACUGGACACCUGAGCAAUGGAAAAGUGUGAUGUGGAGUGACGAGAGCACGUUUCGGCUCGUCAGGGGUGGCUCAAGCUUGGUAAGGCGGCCCAGCACCGUGAGCAGAUAUGACGCCCACUACACGGUCAAGACAGUUAAACACCCAGAUAGCGUCAUGGUAUGGGCCUGUUUCAGUGGGAAGAGGGCAGGGAGGUCUCUACUUCCUUCCAAAGAACGUAACUCCCCUGACUUAAACCCCAUUGAGAACGCCUGGAACAAGAUGAAAAACGACCUAGCCAAGUCGCGCCCAACAUCAAUCGUCCCCCUGAAGGAGGCUCUGAAGAAGAUGUGGGUGACAAUGGACGUCUCAUACUUAGAAAAUUUAGCAAUAUCUAUGCCAAAGCGGAUCGAACAGGUGCUCAAAACUCGAGGGAACAUGACAAAGUACUAA